AUGGGUCGGAAGCAUUGUGCGCGAAGAUGGUGGCGCCGUGGACAACAUCAUUCUUCAACACAAGUAGCUGCUGAAUCCGUUGCCUCAGCCAUGUCCGGUCCUAGUUUUUGCUUAUUUUCUGAUUCUCAGUCUCUGUUUAGUCGUAACCCUAGCAGUAGUCGUGUUGAAAACACAACUGAAAAUGUAGAAUUAGAGGGUGGAAAAGGCAACAAUAUUAAUGCUUCGUCAGCCGAUGAAACUCCCUACCAGUCAUUACCCGACACAAAUUCCGAACCAGUCAUAGGAGGUGUUCCUGUGACUGAUAAGGGAAAAGGUAAAGUUGUUGAGGAUUUUGAGUUAGGGGGAAGCCGACGUGAAUCCGUGCCUAAAACAGAGACUCAACCAGUAAAUGUUGAUCGUAGCGAUGAUUCUCAGUUAAAGAAGAAAAAAAUUGGUGUUGCACCCAAGAAGUGUUGGGAUUUCCUUGUGCCUAUGGACUUAGAUUAUAAACCAAAGGUUGAUUGGGAUACCAACUGCCAUGUUAUUCGUCAAUUGAAAGAGAAUUUAUCAAAGAGGCAACUUCGACUGUUUAAGAAAACAUGCUUUGGCUAUUUUUUGAAUCUGCCACCAGUUAUUGUGGAGAUUCGGGUUAUGCACCAUUUGCUUAUUAGAGAAGUACAUCAUGAAGUGAAAAAUGAGAUGCGGUUUGUAGUGAAUGAUUCUAGGUUGCGCUUUGGUUUGGGUGAAUUUGCACUUGUUACUGGGCUGAAAUACUGUUUUAUGAAGCAGAAAUGGGAAACAGAUGAUGAUGCGCUGAAGAUAGCAGUUCUUUAUUUUGUGAACAGCUUCUUACUUUCUCAACUCAAAACAAAGGUUAUUUCACGGUCUUACAUUGACUUGGUUGAGUGCGGUAAUUUUAAUAAUUAUCUCUGGGGUAUAAAUGUUUAUAACGCUACAAUCGACUCGUGUUCCAACAAGUUUCAAGAUAAGCCUUCUUUUUAUAGACUCGGUGGCUUCCCGUUGGCUUUACAGAUUUGGUUGUAUGAAUGCUGCCCAAGUUUGGAUGGUCACUUUGCUGAUCAUAUUGGAAACAAACUUCCACGAAUUUUGAAUUGGGUAGCCAUGGGUCAAAUACCGAAUGAGCGAGUUGCUUUGCGAAUGUCUAGCUUACAACGCGAGCAGCUAAAGAACAUCACCCCAACUGAUGAUGAGAAGCAACUAUUUGAUGUGUAUGGUCUAAACUUUAAAAUUGAAGUUGAGUGCACUGACAGUCAGCCCGAUAGCUUUCAGGUUUUUGGCACUCAAUUACCAAAGACACAAAGUAUGCAUGAAAGUACUGGAGGUGAUUCCCAACCUACCAAUGCUGAGGUAAUGAAGGAGUUACAAGGUUUGGAGCUUUUUGUAGAGACCAAGUUUGAGGAGGUGCUUGCAGCUAUUGGUAGGCAGUCAAUGAAACCAGAGGGAAAUUCAGCGCAUAAGCAACAGGAUAAUUAUCCUGACUUUCGUGAGAUGCAUAAUGAUUAUGACCAGUUUGAAAGGGGCCACGUUGGGAAUGAUCCUGUAGUUAUUGGAGAUAGCACGCCCAAAGCGCCUUCUAUGUCUGGUUUUGGUGGGGUUGGUCGAGAUGGAGGUGCCACUGGUGUCAAUGUGAAGAACAUCACAGCAAGUCAUAGCGUAGUUAAUGAUGAUUUGCAUUCUGCCCCCUUCGUAAAUGAGCAUGAUCUUGGCUUGGAUUCUAACUUUGAACUGUCUGCAUCUGCAAUUGAUCAAAUCACCGCCAUUACACAACAAGCAACAUAUAAGCAGUCAUCUCAUGAUGUUAAAAAGUCGGGACCUGCUCCGCUGCCAUCAGGAAUCCCUGCACAAAUACGAGCAGAUGCUGUUAUUGAGUCUAAUACUGCUCCACGGGCAUCUCGGGUUGAUGGUGUUGGUCAAGUGGAUGUUGGUGGCAGUAAUGUGAAUUUGCCUUCUGCUCCAUGUCGACAUGAGGGUGAUCUUUACUUGGAUUCUGAUUUUGAAUAUACUGAUUCUCAACUUGAUCUAAUUGCUGCCAUUACACAAGGAGGGAGACGUAAUGUAAAUCAAUCUGGAAAUGAACUGAUAACUCGUGAUGUAAAUAAGUCUAAACCUGAUCAGUCGGUAUCAAGAAGUAUUGUCCAGACACAAACAGAUGUUGAAACAACUCCUGCAGUUUUCACACGGAGAAGGCGCCCUGCAGCUGUAAAACAGUCGCCGUAUAGGAAUGACUGGCAAUCUGGUGUUAGUGCAGUUGGGGGAUCCUCGAAGGUUAUCAAAGGAAGAUUUUCAUUUGUAAAUGACAUUUCAGUGGCUGUUGAUUAUAAGCUUACGACUGCAUUCUCAAACUUUGUCGAAGCAAACAUGCAAUUGGGAGAGGAAGUGUAUUUACCUGGUGAUCAAAAGCUGGACCCUUGUUUUGACUUUGAAGUUGAACAGAUUGAUGAUAAGACGUUUUUCCAUACCUUAAACUAUUCUGGCAGGCCGCUGUCUAGUUCGCACUUGAAUAUUAUAUUCUACUAUCUUAGGAAGAAGGCGAAUAAUGGAAUUAAUAUGCCAAUCAAAGUCACAACUACAGAUACUCUUUUUAAUAAUAUCAUGCAAAGGGUUUUCACAGAAUUUGUAAAAGGUGGGAAACAAGAUCAUUUGAUUGAUAGAUCAGACGAUAUCAUGGAGUACAUGAAAGGAUUUAGGAUGCAUUGCAACACUCCAUGGCACCAGGUUGAUCAUGUCCUCUUUCCAAUUAAUUUGGCAGAAAAGUGGCAUUGGCUAUUGGGUCGAAAGCACAAAAAAGCUAUUCAAAAGGUGGCAGAGGCAUAUGCUGUGUUGAUCCCCCUGUUUCUAGUUAGCAUUGAAUUUUAUAACCAAAAAAGUGACAUUGUAGUACAAAAUGGUCUGCACAUGGGAAAGGAGUUGACUGAUCCUUUUGAGAUUGAACUGAUUACAAAUCUGCCAACACAGCAAAAUUCAGAUUGUGGAGUAUAUGUUGCAUGCUUUGCUGAGUAUAUUAUUGAAGAUCUUCCAAUCCUUGUUGCCAAUUUUGAUGUGGAUGGUCUUCGAGCUAGGUUUGGUAUACUGUUGUGGCACUAUGGGAGGAACAAGCAGUUGCAUGGCGAAUUAAGUGAAUCUGAGGCUCCAGUAGCACCUAAAAAGACUCGUGGAAAGAAACGCAAGAAGUAG